CUUGACGUAGAGAAUUGAACAAACCUCAAAGUCAAUGGCUGAGAAAGAAGGAUUAUCAUCGUUCUCAUCGAGAGCUUCAUCGGCUCCUCUACGUCCUACGAUCAAUCUACCACCACGAUCUUCCAUGGAAAGCCUCUUCACCGGUGGGUCAGGUGUGAGUCCAGGACCGAUGACUUUGGUCUCUAACUUCUUCUCAGAAAACGAUCCGGACUCCGCUUGCCGCUCGUUCUCGCAGCUCCUCGCAGGAGCUAUGGCAUCGCCGGCGGCGAUUUCAGCUCAGAGACCGAGUUUUUCGGCUCUCUCGGCGGCGGAGAAUGGUUCAAUGAAGAAUAAGGAGGCUAUUGAUGGUGGUGGAGAGGAUGAUUUUCGGUUGAAUCGACCGUCCGGUUUGGUGAUCGCACAGCCGCCGAUGUUUACCAUACCUCCUGGUCUGAGUCCUGCUACCUUGCUUGAUUCGCCGGGUUUUUUGUCCUCCGGUCAGGCCCCAUUUGGGAUGUCCCACCAGCAAACACUGGCUCAGGUUACAGCUCAGGCUGUGCAAGCUCACACACAAACGCAAAUUCAAACUGAAUACACAUCUUUAUCAGCAGCUCCUGCUGCAUCACUGCCACAGAUUCCCUCAUUUACUUCCAAUACUGCCACACACCAGCAGAUGCCACAACCAAUGCAAGAACAUAAUGUUGUGAAGGAACCAUCAGAUUUCUCUCAUUCUGAUCAGAGGCCCCAUCCUUCCUUUGCUAUUGGCAAACCUGCUGACGAUGGUUACAACUGGCGGAAAUAUGGACAGAAGCAGGUGAAGGGUAGUGAAUAUCCUCGAAGCUAUUACAAAUGUACACAUCCUAAAUGCUCAGUCAAGAAGCAGGUUGAACGGUCUGUGGACGGACAAGUGACUGAGAUUAUCUAUAAGGGCCAGCAUAAUCAUCAGCCGCCUCAAUCCAAUAAGCGUGUAAAAGAUACUGGAAACCCAAGUAACUCUGAAUUGGGUUCCGAAGCUCAUGCUGGGAACUUGAACAAAUCUAAGGAAGUGGUGUCUUCAUAUUCAUUGUCGAUGAAGGAUCAGGAAUCUAGCCAAGCUGCACCUGAACAAUUGUCUGGCUUGAGUGACAGCGAGGAAGUGGUUGAUGCUGAAACAAAAGUAGAUGAAAGGGAUGAAGAUGAACCUGAAUCAAAGAGAAGGAACUUAGAGGUCAAGAUUUCAGAACCAGCUUCAUCCCAGCGGACAGUUACAGAACCUAGGAUCAUAGUUCAAACAACCAGCGAAGUUGAUCUUUUAGAUGAUGGCUAUAGGUGGCGCAAGUAUGGUCAGAAGGUUGUUAAAGGAAAUCCGUAUCCAAGGAGCUAUUAUAAGUGCACAAACCCAGGAUGCAAGGUCAGAAAACAUGUUGAGAGAGCUGCAAGUGACCCGAAGGCUGUUGUAACAACCUACGAAGGAAAACAUAAUCAUGAUGUACCAGCUGCUCGAAACAGUAGCCACAACACAACCAACAAUAUCGUGUCACAACCAAAGCCUCAUAAUGCUGUAGCUGAUAAGCAUGCAUUAUAUAGAAGACCAGAAUUUGGGAUCAACGAGCAACAGCCUAUACCAUUGCGGUUUAAAGAAGAACAGAUUACAUAGAUUCUUUGAGUUUCAAACAUGGAAAGAGAAAGAGGGCAGUCAGAGAACGCUAAAGAAAAUUGCCAUGAAUCUCACACGGAAGCUUGAUCUUUCUGUUAGGAUCUACUUUCAUGCUUGAGUGCAAAAUUAUGGUCCACGGUCAUCUAUACUACUGCAAAAAUACAAGAGAAACAGGGAAACAGAGGUGAGUGUACACCAAAAUGUUGUCAGUAGGUACAAGCUAGCAUUGAAUUGAACAGAAAUUGAUUGUAAAUUAACUUAACAGGGCAUAGAGUUUGUACUGUCAUAAACUUAUAAUUGUGUUUAUUCUUUUGUAAAACCCAAUACUGAUUGUUUUCUGCUGCAUAUGGAAUCACAUACACAUUUUCG